GCUUAAUCACAUGAAGAGGGCUGGUGAAUACAGCUGGCACUAAACCCUGAGGACUACUGAGUCUCCAUGGCUCAUAACAGGAGGCCAGUUCAGUGCACAGUAGUGCCAGUCAUCAGUGAGCUCUUGAAAUGGCCCGGGGAUGUGACUUUGAGCCUGUUGUGUCUCCUCGGCCCCACGCUGCGCCGCUUUCCAUACGGGGCGGGGUGCCGCUCAGUCCGGCGCACAGCGCAGAGCGCACCGUCACCAGCUGCUCUCCCUGCGCCGUCUGUCCGUCUCACUGCACAACAUGGGUCUGGAAAAGGAAAAGUCGGACACCAGUAUAUUUAUGGACGAAGAUGAGUUUAACAGAUCGAUAGAGCCCAUCCUGUCGAAGAAGGGGAAAGUGUACACAGAGGAGCCGGACCGAGAUCCAAACGACGUUAACGCGCACUUGAAGGUUGGUUUCGAAGAUGUCAUCGCUGAGCCCAUCUCCACACACAGCUUCGACAAAGUGUGGAUAGGAAGCCACGCCGCCUUUGAGCUGGUUAAAUACAUCUUCUACCGGCUGCUGACCACGCUGCUGGCCGUGCCCAUGGCUUUCAUCCUCGGACUCAUCUUCGCGGUGCUCAGCUGCAUCCACAUCUGGUUGGUGAUGCCGAUGAUCCAGAGCUUUGUGAUGCUCUUACCGUCGGUCCAGGUGGUGUGGAGGAGUCUGACGGACAUGUUCAUCACACCAUUCUUCCACAGUAUGGGAAAGAGCCUGUCCUCCGUUCAAGUGCAGACCACAGCGUACUGAUGUGGACGCCGCUCUGUCCCCUGUGGAGAGAGAAAUGUAGGACAGCUCGAAGUCAAAGGAAAGAAAACAGUGAAUGAUGCUUGUAGUGGAAAACAUGAGCUCUUUAUAAAGACAAAUGCGAAGUCCUGCACUAAGGACUAUAAAUACAUACAACAGUGAAUUUAAAAAAGGCUUAGUAAGCAGUGAGCAUGAAUCUGGAUCACUCGCAGGGAAAAUAUCUUAAAAAAAUCUACGUAACGUUUAAGGAGAGAUGUUUCACGUUUAGUUAUGACUUUAUAUACACUGACAUAUAUUCAUAAAAUGUGUUCAUACAUCACCCAGAGAUCUAAAAAAAAGACUUUCACUUUUCAGGCAAUUUUACCAGUUACUAUUAACCUUGAAGUUAUUUAAGCUGCAAAUCAAAUCCAUGCAGGUGGGUGUUUAGGGUUUAGUUGUCACAUCACUAGAAAAGUAAGACCUUUAUGAAAAGCUCAUGAGCGCCACCAAGAAUGUUGUUUUGCUGAUUGUUACCAAAAAAAUUCUUGUCAUUCCAUUACGUUGUGGCUGAGAGAGCCGUUGUCGUUGUUGUUAAGGCAAACAUACUGCUGAGUUGCUGAGAGAUGUAAUAUUUCUGCUUUUCAUAUAUUGUAUAUAUUGCAAAUAAUUCAGCUAGAAGUUGAAUGUAAUGAACUGAAUCAGCGUCUGAGGGUAGUUCUUAUGAUUAUUAAAUGCUAAGAUGCAGCUUGUUGCACAUUUUCAGGCUUAUUUAGACUUUCAUCUGCUGUGUUGAUUUCACAGUGCAUUGGCAGUAAUAUUGGGCAUUUACUUUUCUAUGGACCUAAGAGUUAUUUUAAUAUGUAAUUGAACUACGUCAAAAACAGGGUUGGAUAUCAUCAGAGGGGUGGAUUUUUAAUUUAUUUUUUAAGCAACGAUCACUUCUCAACAUUUGGCGGCGUCUGAAACGAGAGGACCUGCCUAACAGUCGUGUGAUGAAGGCGUUCCAUAUUGCGUACUGUGUUUGGUUGAAGCCUCGGUUGAGCUGAGACUCCGGUACAUGCAUAUUUAAUUUAGAGGUUGUUUUUAUGCUACAGCGCUGCAGUUAGCAGGCUGGAUUUUGGAAUAUUUCCGCAGAGAGACAGAGUUCAAACAGCAACGCGAUUUUACCUUUUCUUUGCAGUGGAUUUGAUAAAGUUGAGUUUAAGGUACAAGCCUGCACAGUUCCCUCUUGCUAUGAGCUGCACAAUCUAAACUUUAGAGGCUGAUAUAGAGAGAAUCAGUGUCAGAGUUAUGGAGCUGAGUGUCAGGUACAUACUUACACACAGACACACACCUCUGAUAAACAGACACAACAUGUUGGAGUUCUUUUGUCAUCCUUUUUACUCCCGAAUCUGUUUAGCCUCUAGAUGUGCCACUAAAGUUCAAUCAUCCCACUGGACGUUUCUGUGAACUAGGAAUACAUUAUAUUUGUAUGUUCAUAUUCAUUUCAUGUAGUGGAUAUGUGGAAACUUUACAUUUCAACAAGGCUGUGGUUAACGUGUGGUUAGAUUUAGGCACAGGAAAAGAUCAUGUUUUUGCUUAAAAUACCUGGUUCUGGGGGGCACAAUCCCUGCUGGAGAAGCAGUGACAAAUCGCUACCAUAUACCGGCGGUUGACACCUUAAAUGCCAUCGGUAAAAAAGAGACAGGGUGCUACAAAAUACCCAUGUCUGGUGCCUAAAAGCCACUGGAAACAUAGCAGUGACUACAUCAGGUUUUGUUAUUUGUCUUGAGCAGUGGUCGUCAGUGGUCUGCAGCUGUCCUUCACCUCCCAGUGAUAACGUCAGCAUACUGUAUGUACUACGUCACUUUAGAAACGUUAAUAUGAAAUUUGCAGAUGUAACGUAUGGGAGGCUGGCUAGUUUUAUCAGAAGCUAGUUGCCAACUCUGCAGUUGGUGCUGUGCAGGUAGUGUGCAGUAGGUUUACCAGAGCUUCCUUUCUGAAAACAGCUGCCUGCUGCUUCUUAAAACAGGGUCGCUGAGGUUGCAGAGACUGAACCACGUGUGUGGUUGUUGCGGGGGGGGGCACAGCAAACUCUCAUUUUUUGUUUUUUUUUUUGUUUGUUUUUUUAAUAUAUACGUUACCUUUGUGUCCCAGCUAUCAUUCUGUCCCCUCUCUAAAUUUUUUGCGGUCUGUGAAUGCAGCACAGAUGGAGCUCUUCAUGAGUUAUUUUCUGCCUGAUGCUCCUCUGUAGCAGUAGUUUGUGAUUCAUGAGUUGAAUAAUUGAUCUGUUGGUCCAUUCAGACCUGAUCAGAUCAGAUCGAUGGAUGAGAGGAGCAGCUGCUGCGAGUGAAUGCAAACUUUUACAUCCAGCAGAUUGAACUGUUAAGUAUUACUUUCAGAGCGCCUGACAUUCUACUGCUCCACCUCUGCCCUGAGUAAACUCUGUGCUCCAACAGUGUGGUGCUACAUGUAUAAAUAACCGUAAUGUAUAUAUAUCUCAAUAAUUUUCCUAAUGAACAGUCCAGCUCCAAAAAUACAAAGUCUAUAUGUUGCUGUAGAUGUUUUAAUCGUGAUGGGCCGCCACAAACGAAUGAAUGUAUGGGAACCCCUGCAUGACAGAGCAUCUAUUUUUUGACACCUUGGGAAUAAGAAGGGUCGGCUACGGACAUGGCUGAUAAUUCUCUGUGGAUUCAUCACCGCAAGUGACACAUUUAACGAUAUAAACUCAUCUGAUCCAUUGUUGAUAUAAAACAUGUUAAAGGCACGGCUCGUCAUGGCUAAAUCAACCCAGUCACCAGAAAACAUGUUAGCUUUUAAUGUUUCUGCAAACCAUGGAUAUAUACAUUUGCACGUUAUUAUGUAGUAGACCUUUAAGUUUCAGCAAUGCUGUGGUAACAUGUCAUUAGGUUUAGGCCCAAAAACACUUAGUCAUGGUUAGGAAAAGAUCAUGUUUGGGCUGAAAAUAUCCCAUUUGAGGUGUACAGUGCCAGCUAGAAAAGCAGGGGUGUCUCGGUACAACACAACCGCUUUGCAUGACACUAUCCCCGCUAAUGGAUCACUCCAAAACACCCAAAAUGGAAGCUUAAAAUGCUGAUGGAAAAACGCUGACAGCUAAGACAGAUGGCUACAAGACAACUAUCUUUUGAGCCUGAAAGGUUGAUGCAAACACAGCAAUGACUGCAAUGAAAAAAACACCCAGCUUUAUCGUUAGUUGGUCUCAAACAGUGGUCUGCAGCUUGGCAGCCAUCACCAUACGUGACACACCACAUCUCUCCCCUCCAUCUACCAACGACAAUGGCAGCUCAUGUACCAUGUCACUUUAGAAACAAUAUGAUAGAUAUGAAACAUGCAAAUGUAUUCGUGGUUUCCAGAAACACGUAAUGCCGACAUUUUCUUCUGGUGCCUGGUCAUGGCUCAGUGUGCUGCACCGGAGAAUUCCCCCCAGAGAACAGAACAAACUACCCUAGUAAAGUGCGAUUCCAACAUAUCAGGAAACAAAGGUGAAAUGAUCACAGUCAGAUUGUCACAAAGUGGGCAUAUGAACCAAUAAGCCUGUUACAGUUACAGCAUGCAGUUUGUUUUGGGCGGUUAUACAGAUUUUCUAGAAAAAAAGGAGCACCUGAGGUGGAUUAUAGCGUCAAACAACAUUUACCUUUUCAAAUAUUUAAACUUGUUACUCAACUUUGCA